CAUCCCUCUCUCGCAAGCUACACUUCCUUGCGGCCGCCAUGUCGUCCUUCCGGAGCAGCUGUCGAGCGUCGCGCUCGCUGUUCGCACAUGUGCUGCCCCGCCCGUCGCCUCCACCAUGCCGCUUUCUACGGACACCGGCCAUGACGCGGGGUCUUGCCUCAAUCGAACGCCAGCACAAGCUGCUCUCGGCCAGUCUCGAAGAAGCGGACCCGGCAGUAUUCGACAUCAUCGAAAAGGAGAAAAACCGCCAGAAGCACUUCAUCAACCUCAUUCCCUCCGAGAACUUCACCUCGCAGGCCGUGCUCGAUGCCCUCGGCAGUGUGAUGCAGAACAAGUACUCCGAGGGUUACCCGGGAGCUAGAUAUUAUGGCGGAAAUGAAUACAUUGACCAGGCGGAGCGGCUCUGCCAGCAGCGAGCCCUGCAAGCUUUUGGCCUGUCAGAGCAGGAGUGGGGGGUGAAUGUCCAGCCACUCUCCGGCUCUCCCGCUAAUCUCUAUGCCUAUUCUGCCCUCCUUAAUGUCCAUGAUCGAAUCAUGGGCCUCGAUCUGCCCCACGGCGGCCAUCUCUCACACGGCUAUCAGAUUCCCUCAAAGAAGAUAUCUGCCAUUUCGAAAUACUUCGAGACCCUCCCAUACAGACUGGACGAAACAACGGGAUUGAUUGACUAUGACAAGCUGGAGGACAUGGCCACCUUGUACCGUCCGAAAAUCAUCAUCGCGGGGACUUCGGCCUAUAGUCGGCUGAUUGAUUAUGAGCGCAUGCGAAAGAUAGCUGACAAGGUAGGGUCAUACCUACUAUCAGAUAUGGCCCACAUCUCGGGACUGGUUGCGGCUGGAGUGAUUCCCUCGCCCUUCUUACAGUCUGACGUUGUAACAACAACAACGCACAAGUCUUUGCGAGGCCCCCGAGGCGCUAUGAUAUUUUACCGUAAAGGAGUGAGGAGGGUGGACAAGAAAGGUGUCGAGGAGAAAUGGGAUCUGGAGGGCCCUAUUAAUGCCUCUGUCUUCCCUGGUCACCAAGGCGGCCCACACAACCACACCAUCACAGCUUUGGCUGUAGCCCUCCAACAAGCCCAGAGCCCAGAGUUCAAGGACUAUCAGAAAACGGUUUUAGAAAACGCCAAAGCCCUUGCAGACAGGCUAGGAAGUCCAAGGGAGAGCGGAGGCCUGGGGUACAACAUCGUUAGCGGUGGAACUGAUAACCAUCUAGUAUUAGUAGAUUUGAAAGACAGGGGUGUCGACGGUGCUCGAGUUGAGCGAGUGCUAGAGCUUGUCGGGGUUGCGAGCAACAAAAACACCGUGCCAGGCGACAAGUCAGCCAUGAAACCAGGUGGACUACGGAUGGGCAGUCCUGCUAUGACUACAAGGGGAUUCCAGCCCGAUGAUUUCAGGAGAGUUGCAGAUGUGGUUCAUCGAGCAGUCUCCAUCACACAAAAGCUAGACAAGGCUGCAAAGGAGCAAGCAGAGCAGCAAAAGAGGAAGAAUCCCGGCAGUGUGAAUGCGUUCAAGGAGUUCCUAGGAGAGGGAGAGGAUGUCUCAGAGAUCAUUCAGCUCCGCAGGGAGGUAGAAGACUGGGUAGGUACUUUCAGCCUUCCUUGGGAGAAGAAUGGAUCGUAAUGCCACACUCGACGAGACCAGACGUGUUCUAUGGUUUGGAUAAGCAGAGAGUAAGCGUCAAACUAUAGUAGGUGGUGAGCGGCUUUUCUGAUUUUGUGGAUUGAUUGCUUGGUUGCUGGGGGGCGUCUCAAGGUGGGUUUUUGCAUUCAACAUAUUCUGGGCGGCGAUUAUCUUUGCCGCAGCUCUAUAUUCGCACUGUACAUAUUAUCUGCUGGUGCGCAGGCUUGCCACUGCCUGGGUGGACCUGCGUAGUAUCAGAAAUUCAAACAGGAUGUAGUAUUGGGGCAAACAAUAGGUACUGAACCUCUCCUAAUGCAUUGUUCCUC